AAUAAAGCGCUUUUUGUCCACAGACUCUCACAGACCUGAGCGCAUUCCUUGACGUGGAGGUCGUCGCGCCUCUCCAGGGAUUUCGAGGAGGACCGUUCGCUGGACGUUUAGCGCGUUCGCCUCAACUUUUCAAGCAGAGCGCAAAACUCGGAAACUACGGAGCGUGUGGAGUUUUAUCGGUGGAGUGCUCCGCUUGGAUCAAGGCACGGGGGCGACUGCUGUCAAACUUUACUGCUUCGAAGCAAAGGGGAAGAGAAAAACCUGAAAAGAGUAACAGUGGAGCAGAAGUAGAGGAGGCGGCGCCUUCACCGGGCUGAUCAUGGAGAGAGUCUGCACAAUGACGGUCUUUCUCAUGAGACUGACGCCCUUUCUGCUCCUCCUCAUCCUGCCAGAUGGCACCAUGUCCAGUGACUGUCCAAAGGAUUGCUCCUGUUCCACACCAGAAUCCAUCCUAUGUUUCCAGAGACGCUCUUCGACCUUUCCAGAGGGAGUACCACCUCAUACGAAAAGUCUCUUUCUCUUCGGCAAUGGAAUUGAGAGAUUGACAGCUGAAGACUUUGAUGACAUGAAAAAUCUGGAAAUGCUGGAUCUCAGUCAAAACAAACUGACUGAACUUCCAGAUGGAGUGUUUGAACCUUUGACAUCUUUAAGAAACCUGGAUCUGUCAUCCAACCAGAUUACACACAUUUCAGAACAAUGCUUCCAGGGAAUGGUACUGCUCGAGCGCCUAUAUUUGUAUAGUAACCUUAUCAUGACCAUCCACCCUAAAGCCUUUGAUAGCUUGGAGCACCUGCUGGAACUCAAGUUACAGGGUAACCAGUUGACAUCCCUGCCUGCUCUCAAAAUGCCUCAGUUACUGCUGCUAGACCUUCGCUUUAACGUGCUUCAAACCUUGGGUCCGUCAGACCUCCAGACACCAAACCUGGAGUCGCUCAAAUUAGGUGGCGUAGGACUGACUAGCUUGAAUAAAGAGCUUAUAGAGAGCCUAAUAAAUCUUCAUGAACUAGACAUCUCGGAAAACAAGCUUGAGUCUUUCCCUUUGGUCCUAAAAGAAAAACAGGGCCUGAUCCACCUCAGCCUGGCUGGGAACCCAAUGGGUCCUCUUCAGGUUCAGGACCUGCAGAACCUUGGCGAACUUCAGGAAUUAGACAUUAGCAGCCUGAGCCUUCAGGGCCUUUCUGAAGAGUUCUCUGUGCUAUUCCCUCAGCUCAGAAAGCUCACCGUCGCAGAGAACCCCUUCAAUUGUCUCUGCACCUUAGCAUGGUUCCCAAGAUGGCUGCGAGCCCAGAGUAUCACCCUAGGAAGAACUGAGGAGACCCGCUGCCAUUUCCCCCCUAUAAAUGCUGGAAAGGUACUGGAAAGGUUGGAGCACAGAGAGUUUGGCUGUCCCACCACAACAACAGUAACAACUAGUACCGUCAGAACUACUACUACCACACCUGUGCCCGUCACUACUUUACCAAGUACUACAGGAGCAAUUGCAGUUUCCAGGGCGGAUAGGGAAUAUGUUGAUGGCACCCUGCCUGUGCCCGCGUCCCCCAGCAGCAUUGCAGACACUUUCUGUCCACCUCACACAUGUCUGAAUGGGGGCACUUGUCAUUUGGAUCAGCAUGGCCAGGUAGAGUGCGACUGUCCACAUGGAACGUAUGGCAUAUAUUGCGAAGUACAAAAUCCCCCUUCACCGCCAGUCUCUAAAAUCCCCACGGUAAAAGUCACCACAGAUGCACCAGACAUAUCCUCACAUCAAGCAACUUCAACCUCAAUCCUGCUGGACCUCCACGGCUACAUUGAAAAGUAUCCCUGGAUCCGUGGUAUCCGUCUAACCUACAGAAGUCUCUCUGGGCCAGACCAGAGGCCCAUCCCAAUCAUGCUACCGCCAAGCUUUCCAGAGUACAGACUUAGAGGUCUGAAUCCCAAUUCCACUUACAUUGUGUGCGUAACUCCACUAGGUCCUCCCAGCAACAAAGAAAGUGUCUGCAUCAAGGCCCAAACUGUCCCCGAAAGCAUCACUGCCACUGAUGCAAUAUCUGACCCGCGACUGACAAGUAUGGUGGCUCCUGCAGUUGCCAUCAUGCUGCUUCUGGUGUUGAUAGCAAUAGUUAUGGGAGUGGUAUGCUUUCUUCGCAGAAAGAGGGCCAAGGGCAACCUGGACCUGGAAUGUGAGCCCUCCCAGUUAGAGACAGAUGGAGUUAAGGCUGGCUUGGACAACGGGGCACUGCCCCAAAAACAGCCCCAUCUUAUAAUCCCCGAACCUGCUGUUCAGAAUGGCAACCUGGAAUACGAGGUGUUGCUACUACAGGACCACUGUAUGUCCAACAACAAUAUGUCUUCACACAAACCUUCCUACUUUUGACACCUGGCUACUAAAGGGGAUUUAAAGUCUUCAGCUCUGCUUUCGCUGCUGGUGGAACACAGCAAGCAGCAACCGCUGCUGUGACAGUGGAGGAGACGAGCAGUCAUGAGGAGGAAGUGGACACAUUUUAACUUAAUGCCCUCAUUUGUCUAAACAGACGUUAAACAAGUUCAGGAAGAGUGUUUCGGACAUAAAAAUUAAAAGUGCCACUUAACAUUGUGCUUCAAAAAUAUUUCUCCACUCAAACUGCUUAAGUAACAGCGUGUGUUACAAGCCUGGAACUGAUGGUGUGUUGCCCUUGGCUGAAAUGUAGGGUUAAGGGACAUAUUAACCUCAUGCCCUCCAUUAUUUGUUCAUAAAGGAGUGCGCACUGAAAUGGGAUUGUGCUGCCUUUCCCCAUUACAACAACCCAAAUAAACACUAACAGGAAUUGUUUUUGCUUCAUGUUGCAACUACCCCAAAGGAAUCAGUGCUUGCUGUGAAUGACCUUUAAGACACCAACUGAAGUUGUGCCGAGAGGAUAGCUGAUGCUCGCAUUGCUUUAUUUGGCUGCAAAGCUGUUGUGAGUUUUCUGUUUGUUUUGUACGUAUGUUUUUAUACCAGUGUUUUUAUAUCUCUUAUUAUACCAUUGCAUUGUGACUGUUAACAGCCCCUUUACCCUUCACCCCCCACCUCUUGUGACUAACAGACAAAACAGCAGAUUAGAACCUUUGAAGAUUAAAAGUGGUUUGGUCAAUCAAAGGACUUUGCCCCCGAAUGUCAGACAGUCUGAGUAUAUGAGAGUCUGGACAGAAUCAAGACUAAAUCCCCCUUCCCUAUUCUGAGGCCUCCAGCCUGCUUUACAUGGAGAAGGUAAGCAGGAUUACAAAAGGCACACAGAAGAAGCAUUUGACUGAACCCCUUCUGUUUGCUCAGUGCUGAGUUCCAACGAGAGCUUAUCUUAAUCAUAGUAAACACUCAUAUGAACACACCACAGUAAAAGAGGACUUCAGAGACUUUAUUUAUUCUUUAUAUUUCCUGCGAGGGGAACAGAUUCAUCCCAACAUACUUCUUGGCUUGGCCGGCAAGCAAAGCAAACAGUGCUUGUGUAUGGUCUCCUGAUUAAAAAAGCGCUCUCAGCUUAAUGUGCCCACUUUCUACAUAGCGAGGAGUAUUUCAGUUUUGCAAAUUUGCACCGAAUCACACAAUGUGACUUGCUAAAAGGAUGAUCUGUGAAUUCGGGGCAAAGAAGGACUCUGAGUGCACGUGUGUCUGUGCAGAUCUGUCAGCUUUUGUCAUAAUGCAAGUACAUGUUCUUUCUUGUGCAAAGACCAGCAACUCAAAGUCAGGCCCUCUGUAAAUACCCAGGCAAACACACAAGACAAGAUGUGAACGUUUGAUGUUACCUAUAGUGUUUCCAAAGGCCGACAAAAGGCUCCGAAAGCUCACACAAACACAUUCAAGCAAUGCGACUGGAAGAUCUUUCUGUAAAUUAGAAACAUUGAAGUCAUUUCAGUGUGAUUGUUAUUUUCCCUGUUUAUUUUGGGAAGCUCAUUGUUGUCGUAGAUUGUUUUUUUUUUAUUCUGUGAAUUUAUUUGUACAAGCGGAAAAAGUGAUAUUAUCAUUAAAUGAAUAUCCAAAACCAUAA